AUGCUUCCAGAUCUGAAUUUGUAGAAUGUACCCUGUUCUUCUAUAAUUCUCACUAGGAAAAUAAAUUUUACUUUAAAAUGCCACCUUUCCCCUGAAGAUUUUACUGACCCCCCAUUCAUUCUCUCCAGAUUAGAUAUGCCCUUUUCCUUUCCUGAUAUCCCUAUGUGACAGUCAAGUUCUUACCUGCUCACCUCCACCAUGCCACAUGGCACAAGCAGCAGCUCCUGGAGAUCAAAGGCUGUAGCUUAAUUAUGUAUGGAUGUCCAGCACAUGGUAGGGUACUUACUGCACAAGGAGUACUCAGUAAUUAUUUGAUUAUUUUAUCUAUCCUGCCUCUGUCUUUCUUUUAAAUGCCCUACUUCAGCCCCUUAUUAUUGCUCAUAGAGACAACUACAAAAACCUUGUAACUGACCUUCUUGCUUCUAGCCUCAUCUCCCUUCUUCACCUUUCAACCUGUUAGCAAUGCACACAUACGGAAUUCAACUUAAAAGGAAAAUCCAACCAGGCUAUACUCCCACUAAAAAUCUUUAUAGCUUCCCUCUUCUUCAAGGUAUUAAUAAAAACCAAGCUCUUAGGCUUGGCACGCAAAGCCCACUAAGAUAUGCCCAUCCUACCUGUGUAGAUCCUUUCACAACAGCCUCAAACUUUAUUCCAAUAGGAUAAUACAGCCUGUGUGUACUAUUCAUACUACACGGUUACUUCCCAACUGUACCUUGUCCCCUGCCUCUCUAGAUAACUCACUGACUCACCUGGCCCAGCCCAAUCCUUCCUGACCUUCCCUCCUGCCCACCAAUUUUCCCCACCCCCUGCAACAAUCAGUGUUCCACUGAUUGUUGACACAUUGCAUUGUGAUUAUCUGAUUUAAGUGGAAGCUUCCUGAGAACUCUAGCACUAGUGUAGUAUUAAAUUAGCCUAGGUUCAGGACCAACUGUUGAAUUUAGACACUCCUCUGCCAUCCUUGGUACCUGGGUUCACAUCUGAGUAACUGCCCAUUAGUGUAACUGCCCAAUGGGUUCUCCCUGCCUGCUGCCCAGAUAGAACAGAUUUAUCAAGACAGGAGAAUUGCAGUAGAGAAAGAGUUUAAUUCACACAGAACCAGCUAAAUGGGAAACCAGAGUUUUAUUACUCAAAUCAGUCUCCCCGAAAAUUCAGAGACUGGAGUUAUUAAGGAUAAUUUGGCAGGCCAGGGAGUGGGGAGUGCUGAUUGGUCAGGUAGGAGAGGAAAUCACAGGGGAUCGAAGGGGGUUCUUCUUGCAGUCUUCCAUCCCUGAGUGGGAUCAAAGAGCUGUUGGAGCCAGAUCACCAACCUGGAUGGCGCCAGCUGGUGCAUCAGAAUGCAGGGUCUGAAAAAUACCUUGAGCACCAAUUUAGGUUUUGCAAUAGUGAUGUUUAGGAACAACUGAGGAGGUUGGAAUUGCGUGGCCUCUGGCUGCAUGACUCCUAAAUCAUAAUUUCUAAUCUUGUGGCUAAUUUGUUAGUCUUACUAAGGAAGUCUGCUCCCCAGGCAAGAAGGGGGUUUGUUUCCAGAAAGGGCUGUUACCUUCUUUGUUUCAAGAUUUAACUGUAAGCUACAUUCCUCCCAAAGUUAGUUCGGCCUACAACCAGGAAUGAACAAGGGCAGCUUGGAGGUUAGAAGCAAGAUGGAGUUGGUUAGGUCGGAUCCCUUUCACUGUCAUAACUUUCUCACUGUUAUGAUUUUUGCAAAGGCAGCUUCGUAGGGCAGAUGAAGAUAAACUUAAAUGUCUCAUGAUGGUAGCUAAUAUUCAUUGAGCACUUACUAUGUACCAGAUAUUGUUCUAAGUGCUUUAAAUAAAUUAGCUCAUUUGGCAUUCACAGUAAUCUUAUGGGGUACAUCCUAUUUUAGCAAUGAGGGUUAGGAAAGGUUAAUUAAGUUUUCUAAGAUUACACAGCUACUAAAACUAGAAUCUGCAUGCAAACCCAGGCAGCCUGACUCUAGAGCCUGUAACCUUCAGCACCACCUCGUGUCGCCCCACGUUCAUGUUUUCCAGGGGCCCUCUCCCAUUUCUCAGUCGUUUCCUCUCCCAAGAGCGGAGGAGAAGGAAAGGCCAAGAAGACAACAUUUCUCAUGGCUUUUUAAUGUAUUCAGUUUACCUGAAUUCUCUCAUCAUUACUAAAUGACACAUACUGAGCCAGGUUGAGGCCUAUCUUUUCUUAGUUUUAUCUGUAUCUGUUUACUUAACCACGAAGAUAACUUUUUUACUCCCAAAUUUGAGUGAUUAGUAAAGAGCUGUAUAAUGUAACCAGUUUUGCUUUUCGCAAGCCAUCUCUGUUUCUCAGUGGGCUGAAAACCACACUAUUGCUUCCUCUUUACUUUGCAGUGAGAGCACAGCAUUUGUCACUCAACCUCUGAAUGUUAGUGACACUGCUGGGACGGGAAAGGACUGUGCUGGCCUCAAUGGCAGGCUUCUCAUAUGUGGCAUCUUUCUUUCUCUUUCUGACUAAGCUCAGCAUUGGCCAGAGAGAAGUAACAGUUCAGAAAGGACCACUGUUUAGAGCUGAAGGUUACCCAGUCAGCAUUGGCUGCAAUGUAACUGGCCACCAGGGACCUUCUGAGCAGCAUUUCCAGUGGUCUGUUUACCUGCCAACAAACCCGACCCAGGAAGUCCAGAUCAUUAGCACCAAGGAUGCUGCCUUCUCUUACGCAGUAUAUACGCAGCGGGUGCGAAGCAGAGACAUCUACGUGGAGAGGGUCCGGGGCAACUCAGUCUUGUUGCACAUCUCAAAGCUCCAGAUGAAGGAUGCUGGCGAGUAUGAGUGUCACACACCGAACACUGAUGAGAAAUACUAUGGGAGCUACAGUGCAAAGACUAAUCUAAUUGUUAUUCCAGAUACCCUCUCUGCCACCAUGAGUUCUCAGACUCUCAGUAAGGAGGAAGGUGAGCCAUUAGCCCUCACCUGUGAGGCAUCAAAAGCCACAGCCCAACAUACACACCUCUCUGUCACCUGGUACCUAACACAGGAUGGAGGAGGAAGCCAAGCCACCGAGAUUCUCUCUCUCUCCAAAGAUUUUAUAUUGGUCCCUGGGCCCUUGUAUACAGAGCGGUUUGCAGCCAGUGACAUACGGCUCAACAAACUGGGGGCCACCACGUUCAGGCUGUCCAUAGAGAGGCUCCAAUCCUCAGAUCAGGGUCAGCUGUUCUGUGAGGCAAUGGAAUGGAUUCAGGAUCCAGAUGAAACCUGGAUGUUCAUCACUAAAAAGCAGACCGAUCAAACCACUCUGAGGAUCCAGCCAGCAGUGAAAGAUUUUCAAGUCAACAUUACAGCUGACAGCUUGUUUGCUGAAGGGAAAUCCUUAGAACUGGUUUGCCUGGUUGUAGGCAGUGGCCGUGACCCACAGCUUCAAGGCAUUUGGUUCUUCAAUGGGACUGAAAUUGCUCACAUUGAUGCUGGUGGAGUCCUGGGCCUGAAGAAUGACUACAAAGAGAGAGCAAGUCAAGGAGAGCUCCAGGUCUCAAAGUUAGGCCCCAAGGCUUUCUCUCUCAAGAUCUUCUCUCUGGGCCCAGAGGAUGAAGGCACCUACAGAUGUGUGGUAGCAGAGGUCACGAGAACACGCACAGGUUCCUGGCAGGUGCUUCAGAGAAAGCAGUCACCAGACAGCCACGUGCACCUGAGGAAGCCAGCAGCAAGAAGUGUGGUCGUGUCUAUCAAGAACAAGCAGCAAGUUGUGUGGGAAGGAGAGACCCUCGCCCUUCUCUGUAAGGCUGGUGGAGCUGAAAGUCCCCUGUCUGUGAGCUGGUGGCACAUCCCACAGGAUCAGACACAGCCCGAGUUUGUGGCUGGCAUGGGGCAGGAUGGCAUUGUGCAGCUGGGUGCCUCCUAUGGAGGACCCGGUUACCAUGGCAACACAAGGUUGGAGAAAGUGGACUGGGCCACCUUCCAGCUGGAGAUCACCUUCACUGCCAUCACAGACAGUGGCACAUAUGAGUGCAGAGUAUCUGAGAAGUCUCGGAACCAGGCCAGAGAUCUGAGCUGGACUCAGAAGAUUUCAGUUACUGUAAAGUCUCUGGAGUCAAGUUUACAAGUUAGUCUGAUGAGCCGUCAGCCACAAGUGACGUUAACCAACACCUUUGACCUGUCCUGCGUCUUGGGGACUGGUUACUCUGACCUCAAGGUGCCACUCACUGUGACGUGGCAGUUCCGGCCAGCUAGCUCUCACGUCUUCCACCAGCUUAUUCGAAUCACCCACAAUGGCACUAUUGAAUGGGGGAAUUUCCUAUCCCAGUUCCAUAAGAAGACGAAGGUUUCACAGUCUUUAUUUCGUUCACAACUCCUGGUGCAUGAUGCCACUGAGGAAGAGACAGGAGUGUAUCAGUGUAAAGUAGAAAUUUAUGACAGAAAUUCCCUAUACAACAACCACCCUCCGAGAGCUUCUGCCAUCUCUCACCCAUUGAGAAUAGCGGUCACUUUACCAGAGAGCAAGCUAAAAGUGAAUUCAAAGAGUCAAAUCCAAGAGCUCUCCAUCAACUCCAACACUGAUAUAGAAUGUAGCAUCUUGUCCCGGUCCAGUGGAAACCUUCAGUUAGCCAUCAUUUGGUAUUUUUCUCCUAUUUCCACUAAUGCCUCCUGGCUAAAGAUCCUGGAGGUGGACCAAACCAAUGUUAUAAAAACUGGGGAUGAGUUUCACACCCCAUGGAGAAAACAAAAAUUUCAUACUGAGAAGGUUUCCCAAGAUUUAUUUCAGCUGCACAUUCUGAAUGUGGAAGACAGCGAUCAGGGCAAAUAUCACUGUGCUGUGGAGGAAUGGCUCCUGUCUACAAAUGGCACUUGGCACAAGCUUGGAGAAAAGAAGUCAGGACUAACAGAAUUGAAACUCAAGCCCACAGGAAGUAAGGUACGUGUCUCCAAAGUGUACUGGACCGAAAAUGUGACCGAGCACAGAGAGGUGGCCAUCCACUGCAGCCUGGAGAGUGUAGGCAGCCCAGCCGCUCUGUACUCUGUGAUGUGGUACUGGAACAGAGAAAACUCUGGAAGUAAAAUGCUGGUGCACUUGCAACAUGAUGGCUUGCUGGAGUAUGGGGAAGAGGGGCUUAGGAGGCACCUGCACUGUUACCGUUCAUCCCCUACAGACUUUGUCCUGAAGCUUCAUCAGGUGGAGAUGGAGGAUGCAGGAAUGUACUGGUGUAGGGUGGCAGAGUGGCAGCUCCAUGGACACCCAAGCAAGUGGAUUAAUCAAGCAUCCGAUGAGUCACAGUGGAUGGUGCUCACGGUGCUGCCUUCAGAGCCCACGUUUCCUUCCAGGAUCUGCUCCUCGGUCCCUUUACUCUAUUUCCUGGUCAUCUGCCCUUUCGUCCUGCUCCUGCUUCUGCUCAUCUCCCUCCUCUGCUUAUACUGGAAGGCCAGGAAGUUGUCAACACUGCGUUCCAACACACGGAAAGAAAAGUCUCUCUGGGUGGACUUGAAAGAGGCUGGAGGUGUGACCGCGAAUAGGAGGCAAGACGAGGAGGAAGAUGAAGGCAACUGAACCCCAAGAGGUACCUGCAGUCAGUAAGGAAAGCUUCCUGCCUCGCUGCCUGUUUCUUCCCAAGCCCCGUGUGGAAUGUGGUGACCUAGUCAGCUGGAACCAGCUCCUGACAGACCCUGGCAACUUCUAGAUGAACCCGAAUGAACUUUCCUCAUUACCAUCCUGAAGUCACUACCCCGGGAGGAGCUACAGCUUCAUGACCAUAACAUGUGACCUAUGCGCUGGCAGCAUGACUCACUGAGGCUGCGCCACUGGGACCCCUCCCUACAUGCACCGAUGCACUCUCUCCCCUCUCCAUCACCCCAUGAAACCCUCCUGUCACUUUCCUUCAGAGACACCGCUUUGGAGAAUAUUCCCAGCGCUAUCCUUGCUUGUGACAAGUGAAACAAACUCCUUUUGAUCAAAACUCAUGUUCUUGUGGAGUCAUCUGUUACCCACCAGGCAAACAAACCCUGGUUUUUUCAGGGAACAGAGACCCUCAGAUAUGAAACUGUCCUGGCCAGAGCAGAGCAUGGGGAAGUAUGAGUUCCCAGGGGGUACCUGCUGCACGUCAGGCCCUGUGCUAGGAGCAAGGGGUCCUGUGGUGACUCAGACACAGUCCUGUCCUCCUGGGAUGCUCACCUUGUUUGUCCUGGAUGCUCUGCUUUCAUGAAUGGGACUUAGAGCGCCUUCGAUAGUCUAACCAGCUACACGGCACUGUUUGUCCCAUAGGCAUCUAAAACCCUCCAGAACUAAAACACCCCCACAGUAUUUUCUUCCUUUUAAAGAAUAAAAUUUGCCCUGAUGCAUUUCGGCAGACAUUUUAUGCCUCUUCUCUCUCCAGUUACAUACUUGUUGACUUUUGGUUUUUGAAACUUACUGGAGAGCUUUACUUUUACUCAUUGAUUUCAGCUUUUCCAUUUCAUGCCACCACCUGGUUUUACUUUCGGCCUUUUUGUAUUAUAAAUCCUCCUUGGCAAAAGGACAAGCCUCUGUCUCAGGAGUUGACCAGCCAGGGCCUAUGGGCCAAAUGAAGCCCACCAUCUGUUUGUUUUUUAAAAUAUAAUAUAUUGGAAUAUGGUCACUCCCAUUCGCUUACAUACUGUCUGUGGCUGCUUUCACGAUAAAAAUGACAAAGUUGUGUAGUUGCCACAGAGACCAUAUGACCUACAUUGCCUAAAAUGUUUAUUACCCGGCCCUUCACAGAAAACGUUUGCCAGCCCCUGCUGUCCUUUAAUGUUCUGUCUCUCUUAGCCAUGUAUUAGGUCCCUGGGAAACUGAUUCGACCUCUUAUAUCUGAAUCUCUUAUAUAUCUGAUUAAUCUAAUAAAUAAUCUUAGGCUUUCAGGAUUGGCAUCUAGUCCCAGCCAUUCUGAAGUUCCACUCCACUGUACCAGGCCCAUACUAUAGAUGGGAAGCUUAUCAACCCGCAGCAUUUCACGUCAUCAUACUGAGUACCUACUCUGUGCAAGAUAAGCUGACACAGAGAUGAUUAAGGCGUGGUUGCUCUGUUCAUUAUUUUUAUUGUAUUGAAAUGUAUAGAAAAAAACGAUUUAUGGCAGAAGAUGAAUACAAUGGUAUAAAGUCAUGUGCCAUAAUGUCUUACAAUUGUACAGGAUUUUUUCAUCAUCUCAGAAUUUUACAGCAUCUCUAUACAAAAGGAAUUGUUAUUCCUGUCCAACAGGUAAGGAAUUAAAGCUCAGAGAGGUUGGGAUUUAUCCAGGAUCACCCAGCCGUAUGCAGAAGAGUAAAAGCUCAAAUGUAGGUCUGCUGACAAGUCCUGGACUCUUUCCACAAUAAACACUAUGCUCAAAUCCA